AUGUUGUACAUCUACCAUUUCUCCAUUGCUUUCGCUUUCGUAUAUAUAUUACGUUUCUUCCAACAGCGACUCUCCUCUCUGUUUGUUCUGCGCCACGUCCCGGGCCCGAAGACUUCCUCCUGGGUGUGGGGCGAAGAAAAGGCCUUGUACUAUAACACACCCGGUGCCUUAUAUCUGGACUGGCACCGCACAUACGGCAAGGUUGUGAAGUUUACAGGGGCGUUCGGCCAUCAGCUCCUUUCCAUCACGGAUCCGCACGCGAUAUCGUUUAUUCUAGGAGAGGGCACAUACCAGUUUCCUAAGCCAAAAGGCGUCCGUGCCUGGUUUCGUAUGCUGCUCGGAGAGGGUAUUCUCUGGGUGGAAGGCAAAGAAGCUCAUGAGAAGCAACGACGCAGUGUUGGCCCAGCAUUAAGUCCGCAGUCUGCGCGGAAUUUGACUCCGGUAUUCUACGAAAAUGCUACCAAGAUGGUUACUCAAUGGCACAAGCUUUUCGAUGCCCAACGUAGCGACGAAAUCGUGAUUGAGAUGACCAAUUGGGCUGGCCGUUUUGCGUUGGACACAGUUGGACGAGCAACAUUGGCGUACGACUUUGACUGCCUUCGAGGCCAACCACACGCUCUCGCAGAAACCCUAGACGGCUUGACGAAUUACGAAAAAUCGUUUACCUCAUUUUACAUGAAAGCUCUUUUUUGGUUAUUACCAUCUAUCUUGCAUCUUGGCAAGAAAGGACAGAUGAUCAGAAAAACCCGAAAAGAGCUUGGAGAUCUUGCUACGAAUAUCUUGAAGGAUGCGGAAGCUGUCAGUGAUCCGAACAGUAAGACGCUGAUGUCACUGAUGCUGCGAGCUGAUAAAGCCGCUGCCGUUGUACGUAUGGAUGAAGAGCAAGUUGCAGCGCAGAUGCGAACUAUCAUAUCAGCUGGUUAUGAACCAGUUUCCGCCACGAUUGCUUGGCUGUUCUUUGAACUUGGCAUGAAUCCGAAAUGGCAGCAAGCAAUCCGUGAUGAAGUUUCAACUGCUGGAGACCCCACAUUUGACGAACUCAACAAUUCCUACCCUCUUCUCGACGCAUUUUUCCUGGAGACACUUCGCCUUCAUCCACCUGUUCUCGAAAAUCAUCAUGAGGCUGCUGAAACCAUCAGCAUCCCUCUUUCGGAACCCGUAGCAGGGUCUGGUGAUCUUCACCUCGUCAUUCCGAAGGGCACAAUCAUCUCAUUACCUGUCAAUGUGAUUCAAAAGGACAAGUUAAUAUGGGGAUUUGACGCGGACGACUUCCGACCAGAACGCUGGCUCCACCACGGUACCAGGACCAGUCGCGAGUUAUUGGCUUUUAGUGUUGGUCCCAGGGGCUGCCUCGGGCGAAACUUUGCGGCUGCCGAAAUAAAGGCUCUGACAGUGACUCUGCUCCGGCACUUUGCAUUCUCUUGUCCACACGAGAUGGAGGCUUUUCAGAGUUUUGUCAUUCGUCCCCGAGUCAAGGGAGAAGGUUCGAGCUCGCUACCACUUACGGUUCACAGAAUAUUGUGA